AUUUGCUUGCUGGGCAGGCGCACGCAGAGAAGCCGCAGGAAGCGCUGGGCGGCGUGGCAGUAGGGGGAAACGGGAACGCGCUUCUGCGCGCGCUUCAGCCCUCCCUGCUUCGUUCUUGCUCCUCCCUUUCGGUCCCUUCUCGUCUUUUGCGCGUGCCCCACCUACUCCCCUCCUCUUCGUUUUACAAGCCGGGUUUGUGCGCAGCCUGGUCAGGAAUCUCCACCAAAUCGGCAUCUUAAGCACACAGCAUCCAUCCUUCCUCUCUCUCUCUCUUCCUCCGUCCCUCCCCUCCGGGCUUUAUAUUUUCUCCUUCUUCUUCCGUACUGUGUCGAAUUGUUGCGCUCGGGGCGCCUGUCUUGGCUGUGGCUUUCUUUCUUUCCUUCCUUCCUCUUCCAACCCCGCGGCUCCCCCACUCUCUGCAAAUGGAUUUACCCGCAAGCCAGUGCAAGAAAGUCAAGCUAAGCAACAAAGUGCAGAGUUGGGGAAUGCAGAGAGCUACCAAUGUCACCUAUCAAGCCCACCAUGUCAGUCGCAAUAAGAGGGGUCAGGUAGUAGGGACCAGAGGUGGCUUUCGGGGCUGCACAGUCUGGCUAACAGGGUUGUCUGGAGCUGGGAAGACCACAGUUAGCAUGGCAUUGGAGGAGUAUCUAGUAUGCCAUGGCAUUCCAUGCUAUACAUUGGAUGGUGACAACAUCAGGCAAGGCCUCAAUAAGAAUCUAGGCUUCUCACCGGAAGACAGGGAAGAAAAUGUCCGCCGGAUUGCUGAGGUUGCCAAAUUGUUUGCCGAUGCUGGCUUGGUGUGCAUCACUAGUUUUAUUUCUCCUUAUGCCCAGGACCGCAAUAAUGCAAGGCAAAUCCACGAAGUGGCAAGCCUGCCUUUUUUUGAAGUAUUUGUGGAUGCACCACUGUACGUUUGUGAGCAGAGAGAUGUGAAAGGUCUCUACAAAAAAGCUCGUGCUGGAGAAAUUAAAGGUUUUACUGGUAUUGACUCGGAGUACGAGAAGCCUGAAGCCCCUGAGCUGGUACUCAAAACUGAUUCCUGUGAUGUCAAUGACUGCAUUCAACAAGUUCUGGAACUUCUUCAAGAGAGGGACAUUGUUCCAGUGGAUGCCUCUUAUGAGGUUAAAGAGCUGUAUGUGCCUGAAAACAAACUUAAAUUGGCCAAAACAGAUGCAGAGACUUUACCUGCCCUGGAAAUAAAUAAGCUGGAUAUGCAGUGGGUACAAGUCCUGGCUGAGGGUUGGGCAACACCGCUUAAUGGCUUUAUGAGAGAGAGAGAAUACUUGCAGUGCCUUCAUUUUGACUGUCUACUUGAUGGGGGAAUUAUUAAUCUCUCGGUGCCUAUAGUGUUGACAGCCACAACGGAAGACAAGGAGAGACUAGAUGGCUGUACAGCUUUUGCUCUCUUGUAUGAAGGUCGGCGUGUGGCUAUUCUCCGGAAUCCAGAGUUCUUUGAGCACCGAAAAGAAGAACGCUGUGCCCGGCAAUGGGGGACAACAUGCAAGGAACACCCCUACAUCAAGAUGGUCAUGGAACAAGGAGAUUGGCUUGUGGGAGGUGAUCUCCAAGUCCUUGAUCGUAUUUACUGGAAUGAUGGUCUUGAUCAAUACCGUCUUACACCUGCUGAGCUAAAGCAGAAGUUCAAAGACAUGAAUGCUGAUGCUGUCUUUGCUUUCCAGUUGCGCAACCCUGUGCACAGUGGACAUGCCCUAUUAAUGCAGGAUACUCACAAGCAGCUUCUGGGUCGAGGUUACAGGCGCCCAGUCCUGCUUUUGCAUCCUCUGGGUGGUUGGACGAAGGACGAUGACGUUCCUCUGAUGUGGCGAAUGAAGCAACAUGCAGCAGUGCUGGAGGAAGGCAUUUUGAAUCCCGAAACGACUGUGGUGGCCAUAUUUCCUUCUCCCAUGAUGUACGCUGGACCAACUGAGGUUCAGUGGCAUUGCAGGGCGAGGAUGGUAGCUGGAGCAAACUUCUAUAUUGUGGGCCGAGAUCCUGCCGGCAUGUCUCAUCCCGAGACUGGAAAAGAUCUCUAUGAUCCAGCCCAUGGUGCCAAAGUACUGACUAUGGCGCCAGGCCUGAUAACACUGGAAAUUGUACCCUUCCGAGUGGCAGCUUAUAACAAGAAAAAGAAAUGCAUGGAUUACUAUGACUUGGAACACCUUGAAGACUUUGAAUUCAUUUCAGGAACUCGCAUGCGCAAGCUGGCUCAGGAAGGACGAAAUCCUCCUGAAGGUUUCAUGGCUCCUAAAGCAUGGGCUGUGCUUACAGAGUACUACAAAUCCUUGGAAAAGGCUUAGCCUGUUUAUUAACUGCAGAUCAAUCUUUGACAUUUGAUUUAUUAGCAAGAAGGGGGGACCACACAGUCACCGUUUUGGUACUAUUUUGUUGUAAUGUCUGUUGGGAAGUUUUUUCCAUAAUAAAAAAGGCCCUUUCUCCUUAACUUAGCAUCAUUUUCUGCUUCUCUUAUGGGUUCUAUUACUUAUUGGCAUCCAGCAAACUGCUGGUUUUAAUGUCUUCUCUUUUUAUUACGGUUAAUAUUCUUGCGGUAAGAUUUUUAAAUCUUGUCUUUUAAAAAUAUUAUUAUUAUGCCUCUGUAUCCUGCAGUUCUCCCAUCCUCCUUUCACAUUAUUUAAUGUAGCCCAGAUCUUUUUGUUUGUGUAUGUGUUGCUUUUCAUAGUUUACAGGCUAAAUGUGGCUAUUUGAUUAUAUGAACUAGAAAUAGGUGCUAAAUUUAUUCAAAAUGAAAUAAUUUUUUAAAAGAUACUAAACUUCUGUCAGUGGUCUUUGAAGUUCUUGUAUGGAAUCUCCAGAACAGACUUCAUUGUAUUGCAGAUUAAACU